AUGGAUACUGAGACCUUGUCGGAUCACAAUUAUAUUAUGUUCGAAUAUGGUGAAUCUCCAGUACUCCCUAGUCGAACACCACUAGGGUGGAAUUCGAGAAAGAUGGAUUUGGACAGGUUUCAGGCCUCUUUGUCUUGGAGAUGUGCAACAUGUCACUUGUCGUUGGAAGACAACACAGCUGAGGAAUUCGCGGAUUGGAUUGCCACAACAAUGCGCGAUGCGGCAGAUUGCAGUACACCUAGAUUGGUAAGACCACUAGUUAAAAGAUCUGCAUACUGGUGGUGUGACGACAUCAAGAACUUACGAUCGGAGGCUAUUGCUAAUAGACGCAGAUGGCGUCGAGCUAUUGGUAAGCUUGCGCGUGGCACUAUAGAUCAACUGGAAGUAGAUAGAUGUCAGCGUUCUUAUCGGCUAGCAAAGAAGAAACUGCGGAUAGCAAUUGUUGCCGCAAAAGCCCGUGCAUGGGGAGAGCUGCUUGGUCUUAUUGAUGAGGAUCCUUGGGGCCUCCCGUACAAGUUGGUCUUGGGCCGACUGAGAUUAGCAACUCCUGCGCUAACGGAAACUUUGGACCCACCAGUAGUACAGGCGUUAAUUGAUGGCCUUUUUCCAAAUGGAAUGGAAACUGAUCCGCGUGCAAUCUGGUCUGUCCCCUUCUGGGACGAUCAAUGUAUAGUUGAUGCUGCGGAGGUACAUCGGGCUAUCAAGGAUAGUGCUCAUAACUCGGCGCCGGGAGUGGAUGGUAUUCCCUUAAGAGUUACUAAAAUUGGCUCCCUUGGAGAUGAUAGAGAAAGUCGCGGAAUGCUUUAG